UGAAUGUCAUUUUCAUAAUACAAACAAACAGUUCAUACAUAAAGUGAAGCAUUGGUUGCAGUGUUGACAACAAGUGACUGUAAAACACGUGGCAUUCAAUUGAUUGCAUGUUUUUAAUUGACUUUUAGAUACAAAUUGUUUUUGUUUUGAAAAUACAUUUUUGUGCCUAAAUUGACGCAAAAUGAGUUCAGCCGACAAGUCAGCCGUCACUUUGAGUCAACUCUUCGCGGAAUUGUCUCGAUUUGAAGAGAUGUCGGACUUCGAGACAGCCCUCAAAGUCACCGAAAAGAUCCUCAAAGAAGACAAGGAGAACCAGAAGGCCAUUGAGUGUCAGAUUGUGUGUCAAAUCCAAUUGGGAUUAUUUCAGGAGGCAAUUAAUGGCAUCAAUCAUUGCGACCAGAAUUUGCUACAACAACUGCUGUACGAAAAGGCUUACUGUGAGUAUCGACUCAAUUAUGUGAACGAAGCCAUCGAUACAUUGGACUCAAUCAAAGAACCAGACUUUAGAGCAAAAGAACUUCGCGCACAAGCGUUAUACCGUUUGGAAAGAUUUGAUGAAUGCUUUGACCAAUACUUGGAUUUAAUUAAGAAUUCUGACGACGACUACGAGGACGAGCGUGAGACCAAUUUGGCUGCAGUUGUGGCCAGUCUUAGCAUUAAUGGUAAGGAGGAGUCGAUUAAGUCAAAGCCACAGAUAGAGGAACAGACGUAUGAACUGAUCUACAAUAAGGCGUGCGCUCUGUUGGGGUCACAUCGCUAUGAAGAGGCCCUUCAAAAGCUUAAUAGUGCCGAAGACAUGUGUCGCAAAACAUUGGAAGAGGACGGCGCUACUGAAGAGGAGAUAGAGUCAGAGCUGGCAAUCAUUAGGACUCAAAUCGCUUAUUGUUAUCAAUUGCAGAAAAAAGACGAAACCGCUCUUCGGAUGUAUAACCAGAUUCUCAAACAAAAACCGAACGACUCGGCGCUGUUGGCCGUUGUGUCCAAUAAUGUGGUUUCCAUUAAUAAAGACCAGAAUGUCUUCGACUCGAAAAAGAAAAUGAAAACCGCUUUGAGUGAGACAUUAGAGUCGAAACUGUUUCAACUUCAGCGCCAAACCAUUCUCUUUAAUAAUUGUCUUCUACUCCUUCACACCAAUCAAAGCGAUUCCGUUCGCAAACAAUUGGAAGAAAUUAAGAAAAAAUUUCCGCAACAGAUAUCCGAAACCAUUCUCUUAGAGGCGGCUCUUCUGUGCAAAGAGAAAAAAGUGUUGGAAGCCAUCAAAUUCCUCAGAAACGCCACUCAAGAGAACUCCAAUUUGUCACUCGAGGUAUCAUUGGUUUUGACACAACUUCUCAUCAAAAAUGGAGACAUUAGUGACUCGUGUCGUGUAUUACGCUCUUUGGGCGAAAACACUUACAAACCGGGAGUUAUUUCCACUUUAAUUGCUUUAUAUCUUCAUUUGGAUGACAAAACGUCCGCCACUUCUCUGCUGACAGAAGCUGUCAAGUGGUACGAGAAGAAUAUGGCCGAUAGUCCACAACUGUAUGCUUUGUAUCGAGAAAACGCUCGAUUCUUAAUGGAGACCAAUCAACCGGAAGCAGCCGUCAAACUCUUGGAGAGAUUGCGUAAAAAUAAUCCCCAAAAUCCUAAAAUUGUUUCACUUUUGAUUAGCGCUUAUUCGCAAUUCAAUCCCCAAAAGGCCAACGAAAUCAGUAAAGAUUUGCCACCGAUUGAGAGUAUUAUCAAUGAGAUAGAUGUGGAACAGUUGGAGACAAGCAAUUGGUCUCUCGGAGCCAAAUAUGUGAAGAAGACGACCAAAACGGAGACACCGAAUACUAAUCCAAACGUGAAGAUUGAGAAGAAGAAGAAGAAAAAGAAGAAGAUAAGGCUUCCCAAGAACUAUGACCCCAAAGUAGAACCCGAUCCCGAGAGAUGGCUCCCGAGGUAUGAGAGGUCCACAUAUAAGAAGAAGAAAGACAAACGCGGACAACAGAGCGUCGGAAAGGGAACGCAGGGAGCGGUCGGAGAAAUUGAUCCCAAAGUGAUGACUCCGAAGGUGACGACCGCAACGGUUAGCUCUCCUCAGGGGCCGCGACAGCAGAGACCGACUCAGAAGAAGAAAAAGAAGACUCAACGGAGAUAACCAUUGAAUGGAUUUAUAUUUUCAUUUUCUAUUUAAUAUAUGUUUAUUUGAAAAUAAAUUAAAUGAAUUAUAUUUAAAAUACA